AUGUUUGCAUUUUGCAACGCGGCUUGUGAUGAUAAAUGCGUUGCUUUCGCUCAACUUAUGUACGUGCGACUUUUGAUAGCAACAUAUCUUCCAUACCGUGGCUCGAUUUCGCCAAUAUUCUCGUCUGCACGCCGCCUCAAAGAAUUUUAUGCUCAAUUUGCUAUGGCGAUCCUUGGAUGCCGUACAGAAUGUUUGUGCUACUACACGACCCUCCCUGUUCUGGCAAGAGUGAAGCCUGAAGAUGGCCACGAAAAGGAGCCCGUAUAUCCUCGGCGAUGCUUCCCAAACCCCUGCGCAAAUAUCAUUUUCGUGAACGCAUCUUAUGUCUGUGGAGAUCCACGCCUGGGACCAGUCAAGCUCCCGAAGGACUUUCCGCUGUCGACAGAAUUGGCAACAUAUGCACGAUUUGGCAACCUUUGCCCAUACGAAUACCUCGCAAAGUGGACAUACCCCUCAAACGGAUCAUAUCAUUACCCACCUGCCAAUGGAUUCGUACUGUCUGACGAUGGGGAGCCCAUUCUAGGAAAUGUGACCCUUCCUGUUGGCCGCAAACUUGACCGUUUCGGUGGCGAGGGGGGCAAUUUUCUCGGCCCAUUGGGUGCGCCAUAUAUUGAACGCUCGUUACCUCCGAGUAACCUGGACAAUUUUGACGGCGCAUUCCCUUACAAUUAUCAUGUAUACGAGGUGACGAAGGAGCUUGAAGUCACUCUUGGCCCGGUUGCGCCAUGGUUCGAACAGCCUGGGAUGGGAACACAAUUUGUCACAUUCGACAGCAUCUCCUCACUCCUGACAAAUGGGUACCUACGCCGGCUUAAUCGGACCGAGUAUGAUGAGAAGGCAGAAUUUGCGGACAAUUAUACUCCGGGGCCAAAUAGCUGA